AUGUCAACAAUCAAUUCUAAAAUGAGAGCUUUAUCUCAAAAAGCUGCUGCUAAAAGACUUUCUCACUCUCAGAGCAAAAGUGUAGAGUUAGUUAGAAAGGAAGUUGAUCCUACCUCUGAGAUUUUGGAAUCUUCUGGCAGUGAUGUCAAAAAUCUCGGACUUUCUUGGACCAAAAAAGCUGAAGAUGCUCUCAAUGGAAAAUACAGUUGCAAUCAUUUAUCAUACUUAUCUCGACAUAAAGAGAAGCAGCAAAAGGAAGUGCUAGAGUUGACUCCUUUUUUUUUGCCUAUCACAAACUCUUCUUCUGCUGAGACAGAAAUUGAAUUGGAUGAAGAAAGUGAUAGUGCAGAUGAAGUCGAGUCAAAGGAAGAGUUCAAAAGCAGAGUAAAAGAUGCAAUCAUUGACUUGUCAAAGUUCGCAGUAUCUGUCAUCAGUUUGACUUCAGAGCAGCAAAAACUUGGUGUAGCAGAGAUAGGAAAGUACAAAGAAGCAUAUCAUUACUUAUAUGCUUUGAUCAAUAUGGACAUGAAGAAAAUGACAGCUUCUAAGUUUGUAAGCGACAUUGUAUACAAGCAAAAAUCUGCUUGGUACAGAGCCCAUAAGAUUUGCCAACAUGCAAAGAAGUAUUUGGAGACUAGACGAAUCAGUCUUGGUACACAAGGCAAGCAUGCCAAACGUGUCUCUGUUCUUGAUAAUGAAGACAUCAAGUAG